AUGGUGGUGGGCCGAUCGCUCAGAAAUACUCCUAUGGCGACCGAUGGGCCGACGUCCGCUGGCUGUCCAGUUCAUGACAAUGUCAGGGUAAAUGGGAGCGGCCGUGAAGUUGAUCCGAGCAGUGUCACUCCCAUCGUCCUUUCGCCCCGGGUCCUGGACCUCAAAGCCAAGCGAUAUGGCAAAGAUUUCAACAGGAUCAAGGAUGUGGUCAGGAUAAAGCGUAUGGUCUAUCCCCUCACCAAAGACCCGGAAUGGGCCAAGCACCUCAACGGGGAUAUGUGGCCUUACUUCAGCAAGGAUGCAGACUUUUCGGUGCCAUACGUGAGGCAGGAUGCGCACAUGUACAUGGUCCUCACCGCGUUUCGGUUCGCGUCAUUCUUUGAGAAGCAAGACAUCCCCCGUUCAAACUACGACUUCUACUGGACCAAAUCGUCGCUGGAUAAAGUUAUCGUGGGCCUUCAUCACCCGCUCCAUGUCCCGGACUAUUCCUACGACUUCAACGCGGCCGAACUGGACAAGUACUAUGCUGCAGAGAAUGAACCGGCAGGAGAUGAGCACCGGAAGCAGCUUCUUGCCGUCUGCAACGAGUACAUUGAUCGCCAAGCUGAAUACUUUGGAUAUGAGGAGCCAAGAACGAUUCUUCACGACUUCAGCGACCUUAUCAAACUCAAGCGAGAGAGCGAAUUUAGCUCCUCUCUCACAAUUGGAGGCCCAUUCACUGAAGCUCUUGAGUUCGUUCGGGAGCUCCCGGUCUCUGAUGUCUGCGCCAUGGUGUUCUACACGGAAGGCAAGCUGAAUGUAGUCAAAAGGAACUUCAAUGACCAUCUGGACCAUAAUUCCGCAAAGGAAUUCGUUCAAUUUGUCAGCGACAAACCCAUCAAGUUCACCAUCGUGCCAACCGAGUGUUGCAAGGGUUGUCCCUUCCAGCUGGGUCAGAGCGAGCUCAAGGAAGUCUUCCAGAACUCCCCAUCGAUCAUGGCCAUGAUUGAACGAUUCACUAGGGAGACAGGCACGUUGAGAGAUAUCGUCUUGUUUGAUUGGGUGGCAGCCCUGGUGCAGCUUCAUUCUUCGCUUCUCCCCGUUAGGCGCGUGAAGUGGUUUUUGAGAGUCGACGACGACGGAGAUGAGCUCAUCGAGUUCCGCGACAGUAACACGGGGAACAUGUGGAUGUUCGUGGAUGAUCACGAGUACAUGAAGGAUCAGAAGCACCAGUUGAUGCGCUUGAUGAAACUGACCUUGAAGAACUAG